CCGUCUUUCGCGCACUUUGCGAAAGGGGGUGCGACUCUCUGUCCCGAACAGCAUUCGGCAGAGGCACACAUACAUAAAACUGGACAACGGUCUCCCUCCGGUCUCCCGGCGCCAUUUCCCGAAAUGCCUUGCAUUCUGAAAGUGCGCAUCGUCGCAGCUCGGAACCUGCCGGUCAUGGACCGAGCGACCGAACUGACUGACGCGUUCGUCGAGGUGAAAUUCGCAGCAUACGAUGAGUUCCGCACGCAGAUCUGCAAAAGGACGCUGAACCCCGUCUGGAACGAGGAUUUCCGAUUUGAAGUCAGCGACGAUGCCGAUCUCCAAAACGAGCCACUGGAGCUGAAAGUGAUGGAUUACGACCAGAUCACGUACAAUGACUCGAUCGGGACUGUGUUUAUUGAUAUGAACCCGCUUCUGACGUGGGAUUCGAAGUCGCAGAUCUCUGGGUGGAUUCCGAUCUUUGAUACACUCCGGGGAGUCAGAGGAGAGCUGAAUGUACAGGUCCGAUUACAGUUUUUUGGGGAUGUGAAUCCCUUCAAAGAUAGUUCGGCCGGUGUUCAGUUCUAUACCUCCACUGCUCUGCCGUCGAACCUCAAUGUUCAGUCCGUAUUGGGCUUUGUAUCUGCUCUCGAGAAUGAGGACGAUCCUGAAUACCACUGGAGUGAUAACUUCCGAACUCCAAGGACGUCGAACGAAUCGCGCACGCGUGUCAUGUACCGCUUGAGCGGACAGCUCAGGAGGAAGAUCGGGAAGGAAGCGCUCGAGCUGAACGGGAAUGCCGUCAUUGGAUACAAGCAGUAUUUCGACAUAGAAAAUGAAGAGCGGUCGAUUACAGCGCGGGCCAUCGGUACCGCCGUACGACUCGUGAUACCGGAUGAAGUGACUUUGGACCGGGGCGCGAGUUGGGCGUCGUUGGCACAUUCUCCGACAUCCUCGCCAUUAGGCGGCACACCUUUUAGCGAAUCGCUCCCGGUGGUGACGGUACCCACGUCUCCCAAUGCGCAUGCCUCCGCGUUGAGCUUAUCAGAGGACGGCUCAUCCCUUCAUAGGGACCAGACUGUUGCCAUGCUGCUACCAACCGCCGCAACAGGCUACAAAUCCGCCGAGCACGUCACUUUCACGCUGCACAACUUCCCAUCGGGCUCCAUCCUCGGAAUCGGCGGACUUGUGAGCGCUACGUCCGUCAAAGUCAUCGACAACAGCAAAACCGAGAUCCGGGAAGCCUGGUGGACGGAGCUGCGCGACGAGAUUAAGUCGCAUGCCAGAGCUCUUGGGUGUCCUUUCGUCAUUGGGUAUACCGAAGACAGCUGCAUCAACGGCGAACUUGCGGUUUUGCAUUGCAGUGGGACCGCGGCGAUCAUGGAUAUGGCGAUGAUGGGCGGCAAUGCUACGUCGGAGGUGCUGGGUACGGCGACUGGCAGUGCCAAGCGAGAGUCGGUUGCGAACGAUGCACAUAAUGGGACCAGCUCGGUUAGCAGGCGGAACUCGGUAUCUGUGCCGCGUGACGCGAAACUGGAAGAAGGGCUGUCGCAGGGGUCAUUAGGGCAGCCAAGAGGCUCGUUGACAGGUAGCGAGUUUCGGGAAACGUUUUGGGACGCUUUUGCGAAGAGGAGAAGACGCCGGAAACGAGCGAAAGGUUGUCAAGCAUGUCAUAUCACGUAUAGGCGCGACGACUCACCAUUUCCCAUGUCGUAUAUCAAAUGCGGUCUCUGUAAGAAGAAAUACGUGCCGGAGGUUUUGUUGACAACCAUUGACCCACCCCCUGAGCUCGAGACCGUGAGUAAUGGCAUCUUGCUCGAAGCACAUGUCUGCAGGUAUCGCCGGAUACAUGGAGACUCCAGGCCAGGUGUCAUAUCUGAAGCUAUUCCCUUCGCCCAAUACGACAUCCAUCGACAGCUUAUCUAUAAGCUGCGGAUAAACGGGCUCAAUGCGGUGUUUGGGCUGAAAAUACAAUUUAGCGUAGGCGAGUCUUUGAUGACGGCCGUCGCUACUGGCACUGCCACAUAUGUGCGCGCGCUCCCUGCUCCACCGCCACUGAAAGUGUUUCGGAACCUGGAAGUGGUCGAUGAGGAGGACCAACGGCUGCUGGAGAUUCAGCGAGGCAUCAUGGCCAGAAGUGAGGAGAAUCGAAAAAUGAUCGAGGACGCGCUUGAACUCUUGGAAGAGGAGUCGCUGGCAUUAAAGCGGGCGCGGCGACAACUGGACGAAGACGAAGACGAGGAUGAGGUCAAAAACCGUGUUCUCAAAACCGACGCAGACGACUCGUCAAGUUCCGGCAGUGGGUCUGACUCCGAUUCCGACGAUGAGCAAGAGCAGACUAAGAGACAUCGCAGCGUCAUUGUACAGAUCGAUGACGAGCAGGAUGAGGAUCUGGUGCUUUUGCAGUCGCCUUCCUUUCCUUCCAAUUUCGCGAUCUGCAAUACCUCCGUGCCACCUUCGAGUGAUACCCUAUUUGAACCGCACGGACUGGAUAGCGUUCAGGGCAUCACGAUGAUCAAGCACGCCAUGAUCACCGGUGCUUCCCAUCACCCAAACAGGCAGCUGGCGGGACUGUUCAGGCAGAUAUAUGAGGAGCUGAUCAUGCAGUUGGGUGCGUACUUUGAAAAGUGUGUCGUCGCCGGACUGGACUACAACGUGACGGUUGUGAAGGAAUGCGAGAUUCAGAUCGUGCUCAAUGGGGUGGCUCUGGGUUCGUCGCUCGAUUAUGCAACGUUGACUGCGGAAACCGACACCAUCGAGCUGGACGAAGUCUUGGAGGAGAUUCGAUCUGGGAACCUUUCAUCUUCUCGCAGACCGAGCAUUGUGCAUGCUGUGGAAGACCCGAUGCCCAAAAAGCUGACCAUCUCCAGCCCACUCAUCGUGCGCGAAGCCACCCGUCUAUUCUUCCGCCGCGAGCCAACAGUUACAUCCAUGGGAACCAGCGGGACCAGCAUCGACGAAGAUUUUGUCUUCUCCAUCGACGCCGACGAUCCGAGCGGCAUCGGAGCCUCAGUUACCAGCACCGUUCCACCCUCGUCCGCCGUCGCAUCACCAGGAUCGGGCGCUCCUCCGAUAUCAACAUCGCACAGGCCCAACCACUUCCCUAAUUUUCCUUCCACCUACACUGGUCCGGUGCCACUCACACCCUUAUGGUACAUCCCCUCCCACCCCACGCUUACGCAUCUCGGCCGCAUAUCCCACCACUUUGUCAAGGAGGCCGCCAUCACAUUCGACUCUGUACAGGGAGGCAUGGGCGGGUUCUCGCAUACGUUCUUGAUGGAGAUCCAUGCCGUGCUCAGGGCCCAUGCGCGAGCGCUGGGCGGGAACGCGCUCGUGGGCGUGAGGGUCGAUUUGAGCGUGGUGGAGGAGAGUCUGAAGGGCGGGACGGGGUAUGCGCUCAUAUGUAUAGGAGGCGAUGUGGUCGUGGUAGAAGAUGGUGAUGUUGGGGUUGAGGGAGGAUACGCGAGUGUCGGUGCCAGAGGUUUCUUUUGAGGCUUCUGAACUGCCUUCAUUUUGUAUUUACCGAUGUCCGGUAGUCUUAUAUAUAUCAAAGCAUCCCGAAAUGAUACCAUCAAGUAUCUCACAUUUGAAAGCAGUAGUAUUUGCGAAAGUGCAGAGCCAGGUCGAGAAGAAGGUUACCGUCACACUCCCA